AUAUUAGCACGUUGACUUGACAGAUUUCACUCGCCCACCUCCUUCGUUGUAUUCUGCCAUAAGAUUUACUUCGUUCACCAUUCCUGAUCCUCGCCCACUUGUCUCUCCUUGCCUCCCCCUCCAUUUCCUACCCUAAGGAUUCUGUCAGCAAGCUACACAGCCGCAGCAAACAGCAGCACCGUCGCGACAGCGCAGCGCUCGAGCGAGCAGUCACAGUAGUCUGUAUUCGAGACAGCCGGCCGCCGCUGCGUGCUGCGCGUCGCUCCUCCUGCCGUCCCCUCCUGAGGUCACAGUGCUCCGCGAGUCCCCUUGCGGAGUCUCAAAGCGUGUUUCAGUCGUAGUCCCCUUCCCCCCAACUGCGCGUGUGCCCUCCUUGCCUGCUGUUCGUGAGCGCUCCUCGCAUUCCCGCCGCCAUGCGCCAAGGAGAGCCCCGCAGCAGCAAUGGCGAGCCAGGAAUAGCCUAGCAGCAGCUUCAACUGCAGUGUGGCUGCGACUGUGCUCUCGCGCCUCUACUCCGGCGACUUGCGGCAACACCUGCACGCUGCAUGCUGCCAGCCGUCAUGGUUAUGUGCGCGAGGCCUCGUAGCAGUAGAAGCUGGGAGCAUGCGGGCAUGAGGGCAUGCAGGCAUGAGGGCAUGCGGGCAGCCACGUAUGCCGUGAAGUGAACCAUGGGCCCCUUCCCCACUCCUCUGCUCGUCCUUCGUCUGGACUCUCCCCACCCGUCGCUGCUACCGCAUUCAGGGAUCUCUAAACGCACAUGUCUGCAACGCACAAGCCAAUGUUGCGGCGUGGUGCCAGCCAGCAGGUCUUUGGUGCCGCCAAAAUCAUGAGGCCAACUACUGAGGCUCCUCAAUGACAUCCGCUGGUCGCAUUGGCUGGCUAGAACAUAGCGACUCCAAUGAACGGCAUAUUGCUGCCACCCAGUGCAUCCCCAGGAGCGAGCUGAGAGGGCGAAAGGGGGGAAGGCUAGUCAAGGGAGAGCAAGAAGAGGAGGACGAGAGGGGAAGAUCUACUCCCUUCACCAUCAACACUGUAGCCGCGCUCAGAGCUGCUGAGGGCGAGUGGACGGAUAAAUAGGAGGAUGAAGGCAUUUGGUGUGGACGGAGUGUUUAAAGCUGCUUCCAUUCAUGCCGCCUGCAUCGUGCGUGUCCCCCUCACUGCCUCUUCCCCCCCUCUCCCCCACCCCCAACUCCACCCCCACCCCCAUCACCCCCCACUCUUUUUCCGAAGAUUUCUGACGGUCACGAACAUCAUCAGAGUCGUCUACUGCCCCUGCGUGCAUGUCCCUCCUUUGCACAUGGCGUUCCACGAUGCUGCCCCUAACGUCACUCCUCCUUACCUCCCCCUUUCCCUCUGUCUCAGUCGAUGCGGAGGUGGUGCUGAAGGCCAUGGGGGUGGAUGGCGUGUUUGACUCAGACCCUCGCAGCAACUCUCAGGCGCGCCUGCUGCCGCUGCUGUCGCACCGCGACGUCACGCUGCAGCAGCUCGAAGUCAUGGACCCCACCGCCAUCACGCUGUGCCACAAAAAGAGGCUGCCCGUGGUGGUGUUCAACCUGACAACGCCUGGCAACAUUGUGCGUGCUCUUAGUGGUGAACCCGUUGAGACGCUUAUGCCAUGACUCCCAUGCUGCCACCUACCCCAGACAUGAUGCUGCGGUGUUAUCUUAGGACCUAGGCUAGGAAGGUAGGAAGGCGGCCAUAGAGUGGCAGCAGGGUUUAGCUACACCCAAGUUACUAAGUACACCCAAGUUACAGCACCAUCUACUGGAGCACCCGUUCUGAAAAAAACGUCUGUAACCCGACACCCACUUGCUCAACCGU